AUGACUAUAGUCAACCUGGCUUACAUAGUGAUUUUUUUUUUUAAGGUUAGAAGAUCGCUUUUUUCUGCAGCGUAUGUGGACAGCUCAAAAUGGGAAAACAGACAAAAAGAGGAGCAUAACCUGGCUGAAUUAGCCAACUUAAUGGACAGAACCUAUGAAAGAAAGCUGCCUGUCAGCUCUUUGACAAUAGCUCGGUUUGUUGACAACAUUUCUUCACGAGAGGAAGUGGAUCAAGCUGAAUAUUACCUUUACAAGUAAGUGUCUUUACUAACAACAUAAACUUUGAGGAAU